GUCAAACCAUACAAAUUGUUUUAAUGAUAAGACUAUGAUAAGAUUGUGAUAAGCACGAGUUAUCACAUAAGUUAUUAAAUAUGUUAUGUUAACAUAUAAAUUAUUAAAUAUGUUAUAUAAUGUGUCACAUCAUCUUAAAACAUCGUUUCUCAACCUUUUUAAUGUCGCGAUCCCCCCUCUAUCUAGGUUAGGUAAAAAUUUAAACAGUAAAAAUAUCCUAUCAUUAACCAAACGAAAUAUAACAUUUUAAAUAUCAAUUUAUAAAUACCAUAUCUAGUAACUUAAGCUUAUCAAGUUUGUAUCGGGUCGUGAUAUUGCGAUUAUUAAGUUGGUUUUUAGUGCGUCUUUUUAGUUUUGUGUAAUUUGAAUUAAUGAUUAUGGAUAAAUAUAUAAUAAAACGUAAUGCUCCGCUACUUCUGGCGAACCAGCGAAAAAAAAAUUCAGGUCAUAUAACAACGAGUAUUUGAAGUAUGGGUUUAUUUCACUUGAUAAUAAGCCGCAAUGUGUUGUUUACUUUCAAGUUCUAUCCCAAGAAAGUAUGAAACCUUCAAAAUUAAUUCGACAUCUGAAAACAAAUCACCUAAUUUUAUUAAAAAAAACCAAUUGAUUUUUUGAGCGUAAAUCACUUUUUUUAAAAAAUCAACAAACUUGUAUUCUUAAAUCAAGUCAGAAUAACACCGCAACACUUGAAGCAUCAUAUUUAGCUUACAAGGCCGUGAAAAGAACAUUCUAAUAAUGUCAGAUAAAGUUAAUGCUUUUAUCAAAAAACUUGGUAUUUGGAUUAUUCGUCUCGAAAAACGAAAUUUUGAUGCAUUUGAUUUAACAUCAAAUUACAUUGAAAAAAAUGUAAACUUAAAANUGUUUUGGAUACCAUGAAAACACAUUUAAGAGAAUUAAAAAUUCAAUUAUUCGAAUAUUUCUCAUGUAACGACAAUGACUUCUCAAAUAGAUGGGUUCUUAAUCCAUUUGAUGAAAAUAUUGUUGCAGUUGCCAAAUUACCAGUUGAUACUUACAACCAACUGAUAGAAUUAUCAGCUGAUAAGACAUUACAGCUACAAUUUGCAUCUCAAGAUUUAAAUAAGUUUUGGAUUGCCCAGAAAAAUGAAUAUGGAAGUUUAGUAACAGAGGCAUUGAAAAUUUUGAUUCCGUUCGCUACUUCUUAUUUAUGCGCAAAAGGAUUCUCAUCCAUGGUGGCAAUAAAAAAUAAGUAUAGAAAUCGUUUGUUAUCACUAGAAAAUAACUUACUUUUUAUGUGUUUCAGAUGUUGAACCACAAAUUAAACAACUUUUAAAUUUAAUACAAAUUCAAAGAUCACACUAAUUAUUUAUUUUUAUGUUUAUUAAUUUUUUAUGUAUACCCUUAUCGGGAUAAUUUUCUUAUUAUUAUUUUAAUUUUUUCAAUAAAAAGUCUUAAAUAUUUAAAUAAAAAGGUAC